GGUUCUGGGGGUGGCCCCGAGACGCGCGAUUCGGGUUUCCUCGCUGCAGAGAGGAGACACUGGAGAAGUUGUUACCCAUGGCAUCGGGACCCCAGGGGUGCUUCAGCGGGGGGCAGGCAAGGUUGGGCAGGAGCCGAGGAAAGGUGUGCAAGUGUGUGCGCGCGCGAGUGCGCGCCUCCGGGGGAGGGCCCUGGCGGGGCUGCGGCCGGGGGCGGGCGGUUCGCUGUCUCCGGUUCUCCCUGGGCUCGGCGGUCUUCUCUCGGCGGAUCCUGCCGGCUGUGGGGAUCCUCGCGCCACCCGGCUAUCGGGCUCCCAUGCCCCGCGCCCGGGGCGGCCCGGCCCCUGGGCCCCGGCCCGCGGCGCGCGCCGCUGCACUCUGCCUGGCUCUGGAGCUCGGGUUCCGGCUGCGGGUGGGCGGCGCAGCGGCGGCGCGCUCCCCGCGGGCCAUAGAGUCGGGGCUCAGCGCGCGUCUGCUCCAAGGCUCGGCGGAGGGCUCGGUCCCCGCCCGCGGGGACGGCCGUGGCGACGUGCGUGGCGCCCUCCCGCCCGCGGGUGAGCUUGCAGCGCCCAGCUCGUGUGGACCGCCCCCGCUCCCGCCGGGUCCCUCCCGAGGCCGCCGCCACCCCAACCUCCGCCCCAGCGUCGCCAGGACUCCGGGGCUCCGGUUGUUAUGGCGACAGCUGCGCCGGUGAAUGAGCGUCUUAGUGACACGCGCGCGCCCGCUCUGCCAGAUGUGGCCCCGGGGCGCGCCGCGUUCCCGCUGGCCACAAGUUAUAGACGGCGUGGGGGUCGGGGGAGCGGAGGGUCCCCCGGUGCGGCACCGCUCGGGACGUGACAUCAGGAACAGAUAGGGGUUCCAGAGCUUGAGUGUAUGCCUGUCCUGGGACAUAGAACUUGAAAACAAGAGGAACAGGACCUCCACAACGCUGGGUGUCAGAUGCCAGGGAGUGGCGAAGUAGCACUGAAAGAGGUUCCCUAGCACCGGGUACAGCGCCGGGCACAGGUUAAAUUGCCCAGAAGUGAGUGGAUGGUGGAUCAAAACCAUUCGCUCAUCAGGAGUUCCCAACCAGAACCCCAGGCAGACCCGUUUCCUAACUUUGGGCCUUUACAUGCUCAAGACCAGAGAACCACACGACCAGAACCAAGCUGACGGGGAGCCAUGCUCAGGGGAAAACAGUCAACCCCAUCCCACCUCCACCAACCUUCCUGCUUCUCUGAGUCAUUCCUCACUCUCCAAUCUGACUCCAGCAACUCUGAUCCAGAGUCCCUGAAGACUUGAGUGGGGGCCUGGACAUCUCAUCCACCCUUUUCUGGAAGUUUCUUCCUACAAGUCUCCAUAGAACCCACCGUGAGUAUUUAGGCAUAGCUCAUACUCUGCUCUUCCCUGACCAACUAAGCAUCCCCUGUCAUUUUCCAUGUGUUUAUCCCAUUUUUUUCAUGGCUUUUAAAAGCAGCUUUUUUUCUGUCAGAUUCUGCCUCUCCCAUGAGAGAAUAAGCUUGGUGAGGGGAGAGUUCCUCAGCCACAUUCUCCAUGGUGUCCUAGCCCCCUGGGCAGGUACAUGAUGGAUUCCUAAAAGUAUCUGUACCAUGAAUGGAUCUCUCUGCCUGUCCGCAGUAAAACCUGGCUGUGACCCUUGGAAAUAGAGUCUCUGAGUCACCCGUUUGUCCUGUCUCCUGCCUUUUACUCCCAUCUCAUUCCAUCCUUAAAUUUCAGAGACUCCAAGGAAACCAGAAAUACCUGUGAGAGGUACGUCCUGGUGUUUGAGGAGAAAGACAACCAGAGCCCCAGUCCCGGACACCAGCCUCUGGGGUGCCUGGGAUCAUGGGCUGACCAGAUUGGUCAGGGACUGGUCUCUUAUUUAUGGGCAGUGGCUUCCCAACA